AUGUCUCGGUAUGACAAAGAAAAAUCGUGGCUCGAGACCAAGUCCACACCGCUGAAGACGGCGGGCCUCAAGCCAGGUAGCAAUCUACUCUUGGCUUCGGCACUCCACGGCAUUGCGCGUCAGGGUAAAGGCCAUGAUCUGACGGAACUAGAAAGGCUUGCUACGAGGCCUUUCAUGGCCAUGACAGAGAGUGAAGAAGAGAUUGCCGCUCUAGGCCAGAUCUGCUCUGAAGCCAAGGCUGCUGCCCGCUCUCGCAGCUUUGCAGCAUUCAACGCUCCAAGUGCCAUCAUGAGCAUGCCUGACGAUGAACCUCUUACUAAGGAACAGUUCAACGAUCAGAUCAGAGAGCUUGGCGAGGAGACGGUUUUGCAGCCUCACAUCCGGGCGGUGUCAUCUGACCAAGUCCAAGCCGAUGGUUCGGUUAUACCAACUGAAGCAUUCGCGACAACUUCCUCAGCUCUUGGAAAGUCUUGCGAGCUUACUAAAGACGAAGUAUACUUCUCAUGGGGAUGGGGGGACGACCAAAAUCAUGGCAUAUCGUACAAAACUGGCGAAUUCGGUUCUUUCGUCACAGGCACGAUUAGAGAUUUCCCAUCCGGCACGCCUGAUCUGCACAACGGCAACGUCAGCCAAGCUGUUUGCGGAACUAUUAUCUGUUGGGAGGCAGACCAGAGCUCUUCUGAAUGGUACGACAAACUCAUUCUAGCUAUGCAAGAACUGUCAAGAAUGGCCAAGUCACUGGCGCACGAUGUUGGAGGCGGUGCUUUGAACGCGCUCAUCGGCCAGCUGCCUGGCUUUAGUCAAUACGCGGACAUGAUGUUUUGGAUCGAGAACGUGGCCAUGGUAAUCGGGGCCUUCCUUGAGAUAUUUCGAAACAAAGAUGAUAAAGUCGCGGAGCACAACUAUGGUUUUAAUAGGGAGUUCCUUCGAAGAUACCAACGACCUGAUUCAUUUAUCGAUUUUUCUUUUGAUGGAGGAAGUGGUGGGAAUUUUAGUCUGUUUGCUCGGGCUCUGAUCGGUCCAGAUAUGGGAUAG